AUGUCCACAAUAGAGAAGCAAAUCUAGAAGUAAAGAAAACUCAGCCAUGAAUUCGAAUAAACAUACAAUUCUACAGAAAUCCAUUCAAAUUUAUCUUUCUUUGAUGAGGAGAGAAGUUAAGAUUUUGACGAUGAUAGCUCAUUAAUAGAAGAAGACUUUUAAGAAUAAUGGGAAAUGUCAUCAAUUUGUACAGAGAAUUCCUUAAAUCCACAAUCCAUAGAAGAAAAUCCAACAAAUAAGAGAUUUAGAAAAAACCUUACUCCGAAAUAAGCAUUGAAAAGAGGGGGCUCUGAAGGAGAAAGUAUUUUUGUUGAAGCUUCUGACAGCACAAGAAAAAAUACCAAUUCUGGCAAGGGCAUUGCCAUUGACGUGCUUGGACAUGGAUCCAUAGGUACCUAGAGCAAGAAGGUUUAAAAAUCGUAAAAAUUACUCAAUAAAUAACUUCAAUGCAAUAAUAAUAAUAAUAUUAAUAUUAAUAACAGUAAUAAUAGUUGGCAACAAUAACCAUACAAUCAGUAUCAAAACUAUAAUUCUUAAAGCUAGUCAUAGCAAGAACAACAAUAAUAAAGAGGCUCAGCAUAAGAUGACAAGUAAAUUAAAUAGACUUAAAAAAUAACACUUUCCUAUUUGUUAAUGGAGAGAGAAAUAGAAAAAUAAGCCAGAAUAAGAGCGCUCAAUUUUAUAGAGAAAUACAUGGCAAAAUGUAAUGUGGAUGAUGUUCUUCAAAUGAUUUCAGAAACCUAUAAAAUAAUGUUAAUACCAGAUCAGUAGCUGUAAUAGCUUGUAGCUGUAUUGAAUUAAUAAGAAAGGCAACUUUAAUUAAACUAAUCUUUACUGCGCUUGCGUUUACCUCAUAAUUCACAUCCACUAGCCUCGAAGGCUUAAGAUAAGUUGAGGAAAUACUUCAUACAUUGUUGAGAACCAGUAAAAAUGAUUUGCAAGGAAGAAUGAGAGAUUUAUUCGCAUUAUAGAAAAUCUAAUCUUUAAAAUAUUUUAUAAAAA